AUGUCUAACAACCAAAUUAAUGUUACAACAACAUGUUCUUUGCAAAGAGGCCAAAAGAGAAAAACGACGGUUGACAACUCUCAGAAAGCGAGCUUCAAUGCUAGUGAAGCCAAGGGCCAAGCUCAGGCCAAAGCAGAUCAGAUGAUGGACAAGGCAAGCAAUGCCUAUGAAUCAGCCAAGGAAUCAUGUCAAGAGGUUGGUCAGCAAAUGCAGGCUAAGGCACAAGGGGCCACUGAUGCUAUCAAGGAUGCCACCGGGAUGAACAAGUGA